AUGCAAUCACCAAAAAUAACAAAUAAUAAACUUUAUAUAGGUAAAAUAAUAAAUGACCUUUUAAAUAUAAUAAACAAUAAUCAAUCAUUAGAGGCAAAUAUAUAUUCAUAUGACGAAUCUGAAGAUUUCAAUAAUGAUGAUAAAUAUAAAGUUUCAAAAAUAUUUUCAGAAUUAAUUUUUUAUAAUGAGGUUUAUCAAAAAUCAAAUAAUCAGAUUAUAUUUAAAGAGCAAAGCCAAGAGAAUGAAGAAGCAGAGAAAGAUGUUUACAAAGUUAUUUUAAAUUGUUUACAAGACGAGUUUACAAAGUUACCAUUUCAAGAUAUUAAAGAGCAAACAAUUAUCAAUUCCCUAAUGUUGUUUUUACAUUACAAUAGAUAUCAUCUAGCAUUAAAGUGGUUGUCAAUUGGUACAGAAAAUAAUAUCACAAAGAAACUUUUAUACAAAUGCUUUUUUUUAUACCACAUCAAUAAAAGUAAUGCAAGUAGAGUUAAAAAAGAUGAACAACUAUUAAAUUACUGGAUAGAGCUGUAUAGUACUAUAAAUACCAACGAAGAUGAUAAUAAUAUCGAUACCAAAGAAAAUGAAAGAUUUUUAAAAAAUUUAAAUGAUGAAUAUAUUUAUUCAAUUUAUAAUAUUUUAAAUAAUAGUAAUAAUAUUCAGCACAAUUAUAAAAAUAGUAUUGUUUUAAAUAAAGAUAAUAGAUAUUUUGAUGAUAAUUUAGAAAUUUUAAUUUCAUCAACAAAAAAUAUUAUAGGUUCAAAAGAUAAUACAAAUAGAAUCAAUACGUUAAAAGAAUAUUUAGAAACUGUAUAUUUUAAUAAUAGAAUAAUACCAAAUGGGAAGCAAUUAAUUUUAGCAUCAGAAUAUAUUAAAUCAAAUUCAAAAGUAGACCAUACCCAUUGGUAUAAUACCAGCGUACCAGACUUUAUUAAACCGAUGAUCCACCAUUACCCAUCACAGCUUUUAAUUAUUCAAGAUUUUGAAAAUGGUUUAAGAGUGUUUAUAAAUGAAAAGAAUUAUAUAAAUGAAGAGACAAUGAAAGGACUGCACUCUAAUAAUGAGUUGUUAACAUUUAUAUUGUUUGGCCUUGUAAAUAGAAAUCAAUUUGAAAUGGCAAAUAUGGUAUUGGAAAAGUUAACAUACAAUUUAUAUUCAAAACCAUUUAUUGGUCUCAAUCUUACAAUAGACGGUCAGGUGGUAAAAAAGCUAAGUGCUCAUUUAUCGGUGUGUGAUGUAUCUUCUUCUUUUAAACAGGUUAGUCCACUCUUAAUUCAAUCCUUAUAUGAAAAUUGCACAUUAUCAUCAAGCAAAUCGGUCAAAACAAUGUACGAUACUUUAGCAAACAUCAAACGUCCCUAUUCAAUACCAGCUUCAUUAAAAUACCAUUUACCCAUAGAGAUUGCUAAUAUGGCUAUGCUCUCACUCCUUAAAAAGGGUGAGGUUCUAGAGGCCUAUGGUUUAUUUCAGACAAUCCCAAGAAAGAACCCCUACUGCUUAAGAAUUGGUCUAAUGAUUUACUCUAAAAUGUACCCAAUACCGCCACUCGAAAACUUUUUAAAAUGGGAAAGUGUUCUUUAUCACUAUAGAUUAAAUUCCGUUAGUGGUGAUUUGUUAAAAGACUCAAUUGUAAUAUUACUCUAUCAAUCAGGAAAUAAAAAUUUAAUAGAAAGACUUCACCACAAAGGUGCAUUUUCAAAGUAUAGAUUAUUAAAAAGAUACAACGCCUCAUUACUUCAAUUCCUUUCUCAUAUCAAUACCACAUACCUAAACGAUGACCAAAUUAAUCACUUUAUUCAAAAGUAUCAAGAAACAAUGAUCAAUGACAUUAUAAAUAAUGAACCAGACCAACAACCAUUAUCACAGGAUAUAGACCAAGGUAAUAAUAAUGAAAAACCAUUUUUGAAAACACCGGACAUAUCAAAUUCAGAACCUCACAAAGUUAAUAAUAGUGAAAAGUAA